UUUCGGUCGCUGCACUGGGGGACGGGAAGAAAAACAUAGAGGAAAAAGUAGGCAGAGAUAGUGAGCGUGAAGAUGAAAGAAAGAUGGAGCAGAGAAUCGCAGAGAAAGAAGUAGGUGAAGCCGGUAAUGAUGGAGAUGAAAAUAAUACAGAAAAGAGAAAAGUAGAGGAAGAAACAGAUAAACACCAUGACGAAGAAGAAGGUAGUAUGAUCGAAAAGGAAUUGUUAGAAAAAAAGAGGAAAAUCAAUCGUGAAAGCAGGGAAAUAGAACAAAAACUUAGGGAAAUCAAGGAGAAGAAAAACAUCGAAGAAAAAAGAAAAAAGGAAGCAGCGGCACUGCUGCGAUAUCGCAAGUAUCCAGAGAACCAGGCCAUCAGUUUAAUGAAGGAAAUGGAGAAGAGAUUAGCAGAAGCGAGAACUGCUGCAAAACAGGCUUUCAUGCACGCAUCAGCUAUGGAGACGAUGGUAGGCUUGGCACGGCAACACGUACAUUUGCUCACAUGCAGGAGAGUGGCACUCGAACAAAUGGAUGAUAAAAUUGAAAAACCUGAAACCAAAUUGUAAAUAAAGGCGACUUUUCUGUAACGGUAGUUCCUUGUAACAGCAGACUAAUAAAAC